UAAAUAAAAAAAAUUAACUUAAAAAAAUUAAAAUUAAAUAAACUACAAAAAAUUCAUAACAGCAAUAAUAAAGCUGCGGCGUCACGUAAAUUUUCUUAUUAAGAAUUUUUAACAUAAAUUUGUGCGCAAAAAAUAUAAAUUAUAAAAAACCACAACAACACGCUACUUACUACACACAACGAAGUCAACUUAAAGCUUGCCAAUUUUUUACUAUUAAUAUUACUAUUUAAUAUAAAAAUUAAACACAAAUAAAGCUUGAAACUUAUUGCUGAAAGGCUUGCGAAUAACGCGCCUAAUUAGCAUUAAAAGCGAAUUAAAAAAAUAUUUCUUUAUAUGUAUAUAAAUAUAAAUAUAUACGACUACAAAAUAGCGCAGUGAGCAACGAAUACAUUUUGUGAUAUUUUCAAGAAUCCAUUCGCUAUAACAAAUAAUAAUUAAAGUAGUUCUAAAAAACAGUGUGACAAAAAGUGCUGAAACGCUUUGGGAUUAAAAAAACUUAUAUUGCCCUAACGAAAUGGUAGAAAAUUUAAUUAACUGGUGAUUAGAUAUUGAAAUAUUAUAAUCAUUCUCGGUGAAAACAAAAAAGAAAUUUGAAUAAAGCAUAAAAACAGCUGCUAAAAUAUAUACGGGAACGCUUAACGCGGUUGGAUUAAGGCGGCAAGUGAGCCGAACAGCGUAAAAUUUAAGACAACUCAACGCGUACUAAAAAUGCUUUAAAUACGAAUUAAAGCAACUACAAAUAAUUGUGAUCACGCCGCGUGUGCAACAAAUGCCACAAGCUAGCCACACCAACAUAGUUGAGCACUAGCAUACACUGCCCGAGCGGUGUAGACAUCAAGGUUUACGUGCGAGACACAGUGCGCGCAUUUUAAUUAACAUAAACUCCCCGAAAACGCGGCGACCUGAUGACUAUGGCAGAAGGCACCGACCCCAUGGGGCAUCAGGCGGGCUCCCAUCACAACCACCAUCACACCCAUCACAAUCAUCAUAGCCACCAGCACCAGCAUCCGCAUCAUCCGCAUCCGCACCAGCACCAGCAUCAGCAGCAGCAGCAGCUGCAUCAGCGCCAACCGUCGUCACAUCCUCAUUAUGCGCCUUACGCUGCCGCUGCCGCCGCCGCCGCCGCUGCGGCACAUAUGCAACAGUAUCCGUUGCCGCAACAUUUGCCAUUGGCGCUUAGCUUGCAACAGCAGGCUGCUGCUGCGGCCGCGGUGGCCGCUGAGCAUGUGAAUAACAAUCAGCCUUUUGUGGCCAACAACAAUGUGCCGUGGAAGCAGCGUAAGCGGAAACGCUUGUCGGCCGUGUUGGAUAAAUUGCAUAAUCACAACAAUAACAAUAAUAAUAACAACAAUAGCAGUAGUGGUGGCAGCAUGCAUAAUGAUGGCGGCGGCGGCAGCAAUAACAAUAAUAACAACAACAAUAACAAUGUUGGCGAACACGGUAAUCACAAUCACAGUCAUGUGGAGCCGAUGGACGGCAAUGAGGAUGUCGAGAAUGAGGCUAAUUAUAAGCACAACAACAACAACAACAGUAGCAACAAUAAUGUGUAUGCGAAACGUCAAAACUGCGGCAAUGAUAGCGGGAAAGCAUUAACGCGUAAUAAGCGCACCAUUAGUGAAGUUAGCGGCGAUGAGGCUGAGGCCGAAGUUGAGACGGAAGCCGAUGUCGAUGCGGUGUCUGAAGAUUUAUCUCUAGAAAACGAUAGUCCACGCAUCAGCAUGAGCCCACUACAGUUGGUCUCGGCAAAUGAUAGUCCAUCCGGUGGUGGUGCGUCACAUCUCGCUGUCGCAGCCGCUACAACGACACCCAGCGACAAUCCGCUGCAUGUCGACAUCAAGACUGAGCACAUGCAUAAUCCCUAUGACCGUUACUUUCCCAUACCGUCGCCGCUCUUUGGCUAUUACUUACAUACCAAGUAUUUGAAUGAAGUCUUUCGCCGACGACAGGAUCUCUACACAUCACCAAUGCAGCAUACACCUUCGUCGAUCGCUUCGUCCAUUGCUGAUGAGACCUCGCCUACAAGUUUGCCGAACGCUGGCGCUCAUCUCGAUCAUCCGCCGCCAUUUCCACCAACCUCCACAGCUACAGCACGUGUUGCAGUCGGCGGUCCUGGGCGUUCACCACCGCCAGCCGUCACCGUUGCACUACCCUCGCCACCACGUAGCGAUUCGUCGAUGACUGCUGCCGCCACAGCCAACACACGUUGCAGCCCAUCGCCGGCUACUCAAGCCAACACUUCGGAUCCGGCCAUAAUGCCGCCGCCACAAGAUCGUCCAUUGGACUUGUCUGUACGCAGUGGUGGCAACACGCCCACCUAUGAGCUGAUGGGUGGCAAAAAGUACAAAUCGCCCUCGCCUUUACCGGCGACCACACUCAUGCUGCCACCGGCGCAGCAACCCGUCUCGGCUACGGUCAGCGCCGCAUCCAUGUCGCCAAGCCAAAGCACGUUGAAAACGACCACAGCCAAUAACAGCAACAAUAGCGCUAAUCAUGCACCAUUAGCCAGUUCCCCGGCACCCGUUUCGCCGUACGCAGCAGCUGCUGCUGCUGCACAUGCUGCCGCCGCCGCGGCCGCUGCUAUGAUCAAGCUCGAAAUGCCAAUGCAUCCAUUGCAUCCGCACGCACCCACCACCACGGUUGGCGUGCCCGUGAUCAAGGGUGAUGUCGCAUCGCCCACCACCAAGGAAUCGGUCGCAUGGCGUUACAAUCUCGACGUUUCACCCGUGGUGGAGGAGAUGCCACCCGGUUCAGAUGUGGCUUACGUCUGUCCCGUUUGCGGCCAGAUGUUUUCGCUGCACGAUCGUCUUGCCAAACAUAUGGCAUCGCGUCACAAAUCGCGUAAUCCUGCCAAUGAUAUCACCAAAGCCUACUCGUGCGAGGUAUGUGCGCGCUCCUUCGCACGCUCCGACAUGCUGACACGCCACAUGCGUCUACAUACCGGUGUCAAACCGUACACAUGCAAAGUGUGCGGUCAAGUAUUCUCACGCUCCGAUCAUCUGUCUACGCAUCAGCGUACACACACUGGCGAGAAGCCCUACAAGUGUCCACAAUGUCCGUAUGCCGCGUGCCGUCGGGACAUGAUCACACGCCACAUGCGUACACACACGCGUUACGAGACACAACAGCGUGGUGGUGGUGGCACAGCUGGCGGCGUUGGUGAGUUGGGUGGCCCCUCCAAGUCACCACUGCCACUACUGGCCGACAUGAAGAUGAGCUUGCCAAUGCUAUUGAAGAGCGAAGAGUUGGCGGGUAAAUCACCAAUGCACAGCGGUAUCGGCGGUUCCAUGCCGAUCGUGGUGAAAACGGAGAGUGCUUAGUGGAGACUACGACGCGCAUAUAGAGGCUGCAAGGCGUAGAAGCGCGCAGUUGGCUCUCCCAUGGAGGGCUGCUUCGACGAGACUUAACAGAAAGACACUUAUAUGACACAACGGCAGACGUAAACGUAAGAUAUGAAAUGACAAACUAUAUAGAUUAAGCGUAGAGAGUAGCUAAGGAACGAGUGAGUAGGAAGACGUAAACAAAAAAAGAUAAAAUUUAUAUUUUAUUUUUCAAAAAUCUCUUUGUGAAGACUGAGACUAAUUUAAGCGUAACAAUAUGAAUUUACCAUAAACAAAAAUUUUCAUUUUUAAGUAAACAUACUGAAAUCGAAUGCGAGAGUUGCUUCGUACAGGUGCUGGCCGACAAAAUUUGGCGAGUUGCCUAACUGGAGUAUGAAAUGCUGAUAAUUGUGCGGUGAGCUUGUGAUUGCUUUGAUGAAAUCUGACAUUUUUUUUUAAAACUCUAAGCUUAGCGUGCUUUUUAGUAAACACUUUUUUUAUGAAAGCUUCUUAGUAAAAGCACUUUAUACUAGUGAAAGUUAUUUACCAUAAAGAUCGCUCUUUGAUUAUUACUGUCACAAACUAUUAUGAGCUCAACUUCUCUAAAAGCUUUUGACAUAAAUUCUUGGUUAUAGCUUUCAUUUGGAUACAUUGCAAUCGUUUCUGGUGAAAGUUUUAAUGUUGAAAGCUUUAGCACUUACAUUUUUGGGUUUAAAAAGCUUUCUAGUAGCUUUACCUACAAAAGAGUUUUUGACCUACACUAUUGUCAUAGCGUGUGUUGAUUUUUCACAAGCUUUUUUCGAUGAAAGCUACAAGCUUUUACCUUUAAUUUGUGAAAGCUUUUCGCUUGCAUUAUUAUUGUAACAUGUAUUGAGUUUUCAUGAGUUUUUUUCGAUGAAAGUUCUGAGCUUUCACUUCUACAUAUAUCUUUCUCACCCGCUCACUCAUUUAUCAGCAAAUUCGUUAUUGUGGCCCAAAUUUGGUAUGUCAUUUCAGUAAAUUUUAAUACAAAAUAUAACAUUUAAGACAAAUGGUUGUGAACAGCAAUUCAGCAUUGUUAGAUAUUCUCUGAGCACAAGCAUUUUUUCACGAUAACUCACUCUCCCUCUCUUUCAAUUUCUCUCAUGAACACAUUCAUCGCAAAACAAACAAGCUAGACAAUUAAGAGAUUAUUGACAUAGUUACUGUUAUAAUUUUAAGUUAAUUAAUCACUUAGUUUAUAGUGAAAAGCGGAUAAUUGGAUUUCAUUAGUUUUAUAAUUUGAUUUAACGAUUUCGUAGUUUGUAUGUGAGAAAAAUUGAAAAGAAACAAGGCGAUUGUAAAACCCACAAAUUAAUUUUAAGCAUAAUUUUAUUUGAAAAUUAUUCCCAACUGCAUUAUAGUAAUUUAUUCAAGUUCUUUAAGCUGCUUACCUUUAAGUUACAAAAUAUAUUUAAUUAUUAUUUAUUACUAGUGGUAAAUGAGUAUGUACACACACACACACAAACAAUUUUGUAUUAUUAUAAAGCGAGAUGGCAAAUGAAGCGUCAAAAGACAAAGAAAGCGUUCCUCGAUCAACCGAAUAACGGCGAUUACGGCGAGUAAAAGAUCGACGACAAUGAAAUAUGAAAACGCCGAACAACAAAAAUUGCUAAAUUUAAUUUAAUUAAUUAAUUUCCACUCGAUUUGUUUAAUUUAUUGCAAAAAUUAAAUUAAAAUUUCGAUUCAUUUAAUGAAAUAAGAAAACUUUUUCUUCUGAAUUAUUACUAUUUUCUGUUGUUGUUGUUUUGAUUUUUUGUUAAACCAAACAAAUGUUAGUAGCCAGUGCUGUUAGGCGGCGAAAAUGACACAGGCACACACAUACAUACACCCUGUUUCAAGCUCUACUACUAAUUUUCAUUGUUUAUUCUUAUAAUUUUUUUUAAAUAAAAUAUAAAAUACUAAACACAAUUAAUAUUUAUUUUGUUGCACCAAAAAUGUUUAUCGUAAUUUUAGUUAUUUUUACUGUUUCUAUUACUUGACUCACUCAAAUGUUUUCUAUCAUGUUUUCUAUGAAAUCUGUUAAAAUGUUUCAAAUGUAUUGUAGUGUACUUUAGCCAAGUACAGUUAGGCGUUUUGUUUAAGUUUUUCCACACAUAUUAUAUAAGUUGUAGCACAUACAUACACACAUAUAUAUUUAGUUUAACAUUGCUUACCUACCUGUUAGUUUAUGUUAAUUUCAUUUAAUUAAUUUUAGUUUUUUUAAGCUGUUAUUUAUUAAAAUUGAAUUUAAAUUUUCGCAUUAAGUUUUGCUUUUAAUAAUUUAUAAUAUUUGUAUGAAGUGAAAUAAACUUGGUUAUGAUUAUAUUGUAAUAUGCUUUUGUUUUUUAAAUAAAUAAAAUGAGAAAUCAA